UUUUUAUUGGUUUGUCGUGUUUGAAGUAAAAUGUCACGUUUUAUUGGUGUCAUCUUUGUAUUUCUUUUAACAUUAGGUGCAGAAUGUGUCCUUGACGAGCGCCUAAGAUUAGACUUCUUCAACAUAUACAAACACGCAGCUAUUACAACCAGGGAAAUACAACAGGAUCCAGUAACUCCAGACGACGUGACUUUCUAUUUGUACACAAAAAAUAAUUCUGAUACAUACAUAAAGUUGAACGAACGUAACUUAGAUUUGCUACAUAAUAAAACAAUCGUAUUUUUGAUCCAUGGUUGGAUAAACAGUAAAGAUGUGUUUUGGUACGAAGAUGUAAAGAAUGCGUUUCUAAAAACUCAAGAAGACUAUUACAUCGUCGAAGUAGAUUGGAAGAAACCUGCUUUUGAUUAUUAUUAUGUAUCAUCUAUUAACACUUACGACGUUGCAAAAAUCAUCGCCCGCUUGAUUGUGAACCUAAACAGGAACCACGGUGUAAGUCUAGAUAAAGUUGUUGUCAUUGGUCAUUCGUUGGGAGGUCAGAUUACCGGAUUCGUAGGAAAACGUGUUUAUAAGCAGACAGGACAAAAGUUACCAAGGAUCAUAGCAUUAGAUCCUGCGGGUCCUUUAUUUGUUCAGAGACCAUAUGACAAGAGGUUGAAUAAACAUGAUGCUGAAGUUGUGGAGGUGAUCCACACCGAUGGUGGUACUUUUGGCUUCGAAGAUGCUACCGGCACUAUUGACUUCUUCCCAAAUGGCGGGAAUUCCCAACCAGGAUGCAUGAAAAUUGAUUUAGUCGACAUCACAACUUUUAUAGAUCCAAUUCCAUGCGACCAUUUUAGAGCGGGUGAAUACUUGACUGAGGCUAUCUUACAACCGAAUGACUUUUCGGCAAGAAAAUGCGCCGACUGGGAUUCCUACAAGGAAGGUAAAUGUGAAGAUGAAGAAGUUACUCUAGGAAACCUCACAACAAAGUCUACUGGAAAGUUCUUCCUAGAAACGAAUAAAAGUAAGCCUUUCGCGAAACACGGUUCUGAAAAAGAAGGAUUAAUAAACAAGUUGUUAGUAGUUUUCAAACAAUAACUGGAAAUAUAAGGAAUGGACAAAAAUAUGUAAUACGUACAAGUUUAUUUUCUGCUUAAACAACAUGUUUUG